AUGGCUGGAAUGGCUGGAUGGAGAUGCAUGUGGUCCAGCCUUCUUUGGUGGUUCGGGCUCGCGGACGAUCUUGACAAAGAGGCUCUGCGGAAAACCUUCGACUGGAAGGGUGGAGGCAUCGACAGACUCCGCUUCUUCAAGGAAAGGUUGGGCUUCGAGCCACGGCACAUAGUCGAUGUGGGCGCGCAUGUGGGCAACUGGACACGCGACGCGCGAGAGGUGUUUCCUUCGGCCGACUUCCUGCUGAUCGAAGCCAAUCCGGAGCAUGCGGACAAGCUCAGAAAUACAGGCGAGCGUUUUGAGAUCGCCUUGCUCACCUCGCAGCCGCGGCCGAGGAUGGUCUUUCACAGCACCCGCUGCAAUGUCAAGACCGGCGCCUCCAUCUUUCGGGAGCAGACGCCCUGGUAUGAGAACCCUUUGUGCCAUCAGCCCCUGGUGCUGCGGAGCUGGACUUUGGAUCAGGUGGUGCAGAACUCCAGCUCAGCUGGGCAAGCCUGCUGUGAUCUUGUCAAGGCAGAUGUCCAGGGUGCGGAGAUUGAGGUUUUGAGGGGAGGCCCCCGGACGCUGCGAAACGCGCAGCUGGUACUGUUGGAGGCCUCCGUGCUGCCCUACAACGAGGGCGCGCCACGGUUCUCAGAACUUAUUCGCUUCAUGGCCGACCACGACUUUGAAAUCGUAGACGUCGUGGACGCUUCGUUCUCAGAGGAUGUGGCGCGAAUACUGCAAUUGGACCUCCUCUUUGCCCCAACAUGGUCUCCUCUGCUACAGAGGCCACUGCCCGGGGGCAUCCGCCCUGCACCUGCGCGCAACGGUGUGGCGAAGUAG